UUACAUGAGCUCCAGAUCUGGGAGGACCAAGUCAAAGAGCGUCUGCUGAAACUAUUCAGAGGAAUAAUAAUGGAUUCAUAGAGAUUUAAAGACACUGGGUUUUCUUUUAACUUUUCAGAAGAAGUUCCAGGAUUUGGGGUAACCCUUAUAAAACAUUCUACUUCUGCUGUUCACUUCCAACCAUUGUUGUUUUCAGUUACUUUUUUUAAAUGUGAUGAGAUGGUUUUUGACAAUUACUGGAACUGGAGGAUCCGCUUAAACAACAUUUAAAUUAACACUGGACCAAGACUGGAAACUAGUUCUUAUUUUCUGUUUUCAUCCCCUGCAUUCCUUUAAAAUCCAAUUUAUCCUUCACAAUUAUCCUUCACUGAAGCUCUUCAUAAAACUGACAUAUUGGGAAAAAAGAAAGAAAACAUCUUAUCAAACUUUCUCAAUGGCUCAGUCACGCUCCUGCUCUAACUCAGACCUGUCAAACGAAGGCAUCUUUUGGAAUUCACUGGCCCCCUGCUCAGAUCUGGAUGCUCAGACAGGUGAGGAGGGUGAAGAGGUGGAACUAGCAGAGGAAGUAGGCGAAGACGCCUUGUUAUUCACUGAAGCGGGACAGAACCAAACUGAUAGCCAAGAGAAUGGAAGUAGAGGUAAAACUGAAACUGUGGCCAUCUGUGUUAUUGAAGUGGACCAGAAUAGUGUAACAAGGGAGGUCGAGGAGCUUUCCAACAAACAAGAAGACAGUGGGAUUGGACAAAAAGAAGAGGGUGAUAAAGAACAGGAAGAGAUAGAUGUAAAAACAACAAMGAAGGAACAUGGGAACGUGGAGCUUGAGAAUGAAUGGCCGCUGGUAUCAACAGAGAUUAGGAAUCAGCAGAUGUUGCAACACAAUGAAGAAAAACAGAAGCAAAAAGAUGUUGAAACACUUCAAGAAAUGGAAAAAGCUGACGAAGUCUCGAAUUAUGAUGUGCACUUUCAGAAGUUUGAUGCUUCAGCAUUAGAUGGGACACUGCUGCAAACAUAUGAGGACACACUGGAAGCCUCUGAGGAUGUGAAAACCAACGUGACCCAAGUUAAUGCAGCGAUAAACGAACAAGACAACACUCAAAGUUAUGUGGCCUUUCUUAGCGAUGACACUACUGAGUCAAUCGAACCAGCUGAAGGUACCAUCAACCAGACCAGCCAACUAACCACUGAGCUUCAAGCAGAGCUGAGAAACACUGACAGAAACAACUACCAUAGUAUGACUCCAUGUUCUGUCAAUGACGAUGUGUUGGAAGAAGAAAACUCCACCAACAAAAUGACUGAUGCAACUUUUGCUUCUGAUGAAGAGCUAUCUGAAAACAUUUCAGAAGUGACAGGUAAUCAACUGGUGGACCAGCUGGAGCUUGCCACUUUUACAAAACAGUCACUGACAGACAAACUGACUGAGGAAACUGUGGUGAAAGACAUCAAUUGGAAGGAGAGUGAAGAAGAAAACAUUCAAGAGAUUGGAGUUGAUUUUCUAGAGAUGAUAGAUAUGAAGGAAGAAGACAAACAGACAGUGGUUUUGGACCAGGACUUAGCGAUUCUUCAAGAACCAGCAGUCCAGCAAGUGGAGAAGGUGCCUGUAUAUGAGCAAAAAGUUGAGACUUUUGAGAUGGCUGAAGUAUUUGAACAAAAAGACCCAAAUCAGACUGUGAGCGAGGCCCCAAGAGAGAGUAAAUCCACAGAAUCUAUGGAAGGCAAUAUACAAAAGCAUCCUUUGAAAGUCCUCAAAAGGUUAGGGACAGACUGGGUGGGCAACCUCCGACGGCACCAAAAACAAAAACGGCUGUCCAAAAAGAAGGGAGGACGUGAAGAAGAGGCAAUGACAGGAGGAGUGGAGAUGGCAGAAGGUCCAGUGACAGUUUUAGAUGAUGAAAUUGAAGAGGUUCAAAGUAAACAUAUUGAGGAAGAAAUUCCUGAUGCCAAUUCCAGUAUCACCAUCGAGGACAACGAGGAGAAGGAAAGUCGAGAGCUGCAAAAACAAAUAGAUGAGGACCAAGAAUUUGAAAAAAAGAACAAAGAAAACAUUAGGUACAGUAAACACGAAAACAAAAAUGAAGAGAAUGAUGUGAAAAGAGGAAAAACAAAAGUUAAAGAAUUGAAGCAAGCAAUGGAAGACGGGAGUUUGUCUCUGCAGCCGACUGGGAAAGAAGGACCGGGGAAAUCAAAAGUGCUGUCAUCCAGGAGAAAAGAUAAUGCAUGGAUCAAAAAAGACCAACGAGAAGAAGAGGUAACACAAGAGACGAAAGAGUGGCAAAAAGAACUUCGCCCUGUCAGAAAGGACAUUUGGGAGAAUGAGAAGAAAGACAAUGAACAGUUAAAGAAGGAACCCCAAGCAGGAGAAAACACCAAGGAGGACUGGUUGAAAGAGCUGAAGUCAGUCAUCAAAGAUGAGUCUCUGCCCAAAAGGAAAGGCGAGCAGGUGAAGAAAAAGCGAGUGGUGCUGUUGGAAGAUGGCCACUCGUAUGUUCCCCAACGGGAGGAGGUGGCACCAGAGACAGAGGAAGUCCAACUGAUCCCUCAGAGACUAUUGUCCACCGAGCGCCGAGACAGCAGAACACUUCGAGAUCAAAACUACAAGAUUUCCCUCUAUGUGAAGGCAGGAAGUGAUGGGGAGAGCAUCGGCAACUGUCCUUUCUCUCAGAGACUCUUUAUGAUCUUGUUGUUGAAAGGAGUCACCUUUAGCAUCACAACAGUUGACCUCAAACGAAAACCGGCUGAUUUGCAGGACCUGGCUCCAGGAACCAAUCCUCCUUUCAUGACAUUUAAUGGCGAGGUCAAGGUCGAUGUCAAUAAGAUCGAAGAGUUCCUGGAGGAGAAACUGACACCACCACGCUUUCCAAGACUAGCUCCCAAACAUCGUGAAGCUAACACGGCUGGAAUUGACAUUUUUGCCAAGUUUUCGGCUUACAUCAAAAACCAGAGAAAAGACACCAACGAUGUCUUGGAGAAAGCUUUGGUGAAGUCUCUUUGGCAUCUUGACAACUUCCUGCGGACUCUACUAUCUGAAGAGAUCGAUGCUGAUGCGUCAGGAGACCUCCCCGAGUCCUCCAGGAGUUUCCUGGAUGGGCCGGAGCUCACUCUGGCUGAUUGUAACCUGCUACCGAAGCUACACAUACUGAAGGUUGUAGCCAAGAAGUACCGUGGCUUUGAGAUCCCAUCAGAUAUGACAGGAGUGUGGAGAUACCUGAACUGUGCCUACCAGAGGGAGGAGUUCACCAGCACCUGUCCUGCGGAGAGGGAGACUGAGUUAGCCUAUCUGAAUGUGGCAAAACCAAUCAAAUAGGACCACGAUUAGACAAAUGGAGAAAAUAUACAUGAAUAAAUUCAUAAACAGGGGAUAACAAAUAAUAAGAUACCCAAAAAAAUAAUACAAAUGCCAGUAAGAUAUUUUCAAAAUUGCKAAUUUUACACAAAAGGAAACAAGAGUUAAGCCUGUUUUUCACAGUUUGCAGCUUGUUAGACUGAAAACUGCAAGAAAAUGUGCUCAUUUUUCACUUAGAAUCAAACUAAAUUUACAUACUUGUGACUAUGCAUGGUUUCACAGUAUCAUGAUUACAUCUCURAAAAGUUUUAUUUUUUGUGUUUGUUGCAUGAUGGUUGCGUAAACUCUGAACACAAUUUUUUUUCUUCAAAGUUUUUUUUUAUUAGUUUUUAACAAAAACACAAACAAAAAAACAAAC